ACUUGUAGUAUUAUAUAUGAGUGUAUAUAUAGGGGUCUUUGUAGUGUUAUAUUUGAGUGUAUAUAUAUAGGGGGUACUUGUAGCAGUAUAUAUGAGUGUAUGUAUAUGGGGUCUUGGUGUAUACAGGAGUCCCAGUAGUUCCUGUCAGGACUCUGUACACACCAGGCGCUGUCAUAGAUCUCAGUGUUAUACAGAGCAGCAUUGUAGAGAGAGAUACAGAGCAGAGUGUGCGGGGUCCGGGACAUUGAGGGUCACUCGUCUUCCUUUUGGAGGUCUUCAGCCCUUGUUGACGGAGAGGACACCAGGACCUGAGGACUGGAGACCCCUGGAUACUUUACACUCCUCACCUCUCAGCCCCGGCUCCAACAGGGAAAUGGCUUUCACAUGACAAUAAGUUGAGGUUACCUGGGGACUGCAAUGGCAAAACCCACGUUGGAGACAUUACCACUACAGCGACAGCCUCUCCUGCCCUUUUUCCACUGUAGAAAUGAGGCCGUGGGCCUCCACAAUCCAUAGCAGGGACAGCGGUUAUCAGCUUACACAGCCUCAGCCUGACAUUGUGCUUCAUGCCACACGUUCUCCACAUCCUUCUUCAGAUCCCAGACACCAGAAAGGAGAAGGAUGAAUCACUACAUCCGCUGCCUACUGCUGCUAGGCUUCGUCUUGGACACAUCCACUUAUGGGCCCAACACCCGGGCCCAGAAGAAGGGAGACAUCAUACUUGGGGGACUCUUCCCCAUUCAUUUUGGAGUUAACUCUAAAGAUGAGAUCUUGGAGUCAAGACCAGAGUCCCUGGAGUGUAACAGGUAUGAACGAUACAACUUCCGCGGCUUCCGCUGGUUACAGGCCAUGAUAUUCGCAAUCGAAGAAAUUAACAACUCCACCACCCUGCUGCCCAACAUCACCCUCGGGUACAGGAUCUUCGACACUUGUAACACGGUAUCCAAGGCCCUGGAGGCCACGCUCAGCUUCGUGGCUCAGAACAAGAUCGACUCCCUGAACCUGGACGACUUCUGUAAUUGUUCAGAGCACAUGCCCUCCACCAUAGCUGUGGUAGGGGCCACCGGCUCCGGAAUAUCUACCGCAGUGGCCAAUCUGCUGGGACUUUUCCAUAUACCUCAGGUUAGUUAUGCCUCCUCUAGUCGCCUUCUAAGCAACAAAAAUCAGUACAAAUCAUUUUUGAGGACCAUGCCCAAUGAUGAGCACCAAGCCACGGCCAUGGCGGACAUCAUAGAUUAUUUCCAAUGGAACUGGGUGGGAACCAUCGCUGCCGAUGAUGAUUACGGACGCCCAGGGAUCGAGAAGUUUCGGGAAGAAGCGGAAGAGCGAGAUAUCUGCAUAGACUUCAGUGAGCUCAUCUCACAGUAUUCACCGAUAGAGGAGAUCGAGAAACUGGUCACCAUCAUCCAAAACUCAUCAGCUAGGGUCAUUGUGGUUUUCUCCAGUGGCCCAGACCUCGAGCCCCUCAUCAAGGAGAUCGUCAAGCGCAAUGUUACCGGGCGCAUCUGGCUCGCCAGCGAGGCCUGGGCCAGCUCUUCACUCAUCGCCAUUCCGGAAUACUUCCAUGUCAUUGGAGGCACCAUCGGCUUUGCCUUGCGGGCAGGACAGAUUCCUGGGUUUCGUGAAUUCCUCCAAAAAGUUCACCCUAGAAUGUCCAACAGCAAUGGCUUUCUCAAAGAAUUCUGGGAGGAAACGUUUAACUGUUACAUGCCAGUGGGAUCUAAGAAGAAUGUGGAAUACAGUAACAUUACAGCCUGUACGGGACAGGAGAAUAUCACCAGUGUGGAGACCCCCUACCUGGAUUAUACCCAUUUGCGAAUAUCUUACAAUGUUUAUUUAGCUGUCUACUCCAUCGCGCAUGCGCUGCAAGACAUAUACACAUGUACACCUGGAAAAGGGCUCUUCGCCAACGGAUCGUGUGCAGAUAUCAAGAAGGUGGAAGCUUGGCAGGUCCUGAAACACUUGCGUCACCUGAAUUUCACCAAUAAUAUCGGGGAACAGGUGGAUUUCAAUGAUUUCGGGGAUCUGGUGGGGAAUUACACCAUUAUAAACUGGCACCUGACGAAGGAGGACGGAUCAGAUGAAGUCGUCUUUGAAGACAUUGGGCACUACAACGUCUACGCCAAGAAGGGCGAACGCCUGUUUAUCAAUGAGAGCAAAAUCUUGUGGAGCGGAUUUUCCAGAGAGGUCCCAUUUUCAAACUGCAGUCGAAUCUGCCAGGAGGGCACUCGGAAGGGCAUCAUUGAAGGGGAGCCCACCUGCUGCUUUAUCUGUGAGGACUGUCCAGAUGGGGAGUACUCUGACGAGACAGAUGCGAGUGCCUGUGAGAAAUGUGCCACAGAUUAUUGGUCCAACGAAAACCACACGUUCUGCAUCGCCAAAGAGAUAGAGUUCCUAUCCUGGACCGAGCCCUUCGGGAUAGCCCUGACAAUGUUCGCCAUCUUGGGAAUAUGUCUAACGUCCUUUGUCUUUAGCGUCUUCAUCAAGUUCCGCAACACUCCUAUCGUGAAGGCCACCAACCGCGAGCUCUCAUAUCUCCUCCUCUUCUCCUUGUUGUGUUGCUUCUCUAGUUCUUUAUUUUUUAUUGGAGAACCCAAGGACUGGACUUGUCAGCUACGCCAGGCGGCAUUUGGUAUCAGCUUUGUCCUGUGCAUUUCGUGCAUCUUGGUGAAGACCAACCGCAUCUUGCUUGUGUUUGAGGCCAAGAUCCCCACCAGCUUUCAGCGGAAAUGGUGGGGCUUAAACCUCCAGUUUCUUCUCGUGUUCCUCUGUACUUUCGUCCAAAUUGUGACCUGCAUCAUCUGGCUUUACACUGCACCCCCCAAGAGUGCUAAAAACCAUGAAGAUGAGAUCAUUUUUGUCAUAUGUAACGAGGGGUCAUUGAUGGCGCUCGGGUUCCUGAUCGGCUAUACUUGCCUUCUCGCAGCGAUUUGCUUCUUCUUUGCCUUCAAAGCCCGAAAACUGCCGGAAAAUUUCAAUGAAGCCAAGUUCAUCACUUUCAGCAUGCUCAUAUUCUUCAUUGUUUGGAUCUCCUUCAUUCCGGCUUACGUAAGCACCUAUGGGAAAUACGUCUCAGCUGUUGAGGUCAUCGCCAUCCUGGCUUCCAGUUUUGGCUUGCUGACAUGCAUCUUUUUUAAUAAAGUCUACAUCAUCUUGUUUAAACCAUCCCGAAACACCAUUGAAGAGGUCCGGUGCAGCACGGUAGCUCAUGCAUUCAAGGUAGCGGCCAGAGCCACUCUGAGGCGUAGCAAUGUGUCCCACAAAAGGUCUAACAGCUUGGGAGGGUCUUCAGGUUCCACUCCAUCAUCUUCCAUCAGUAGCAAAAGCAACCACGACGAACACUUCGUAGCAGCAGAACGAGCGAGGAGCUGCAAGCAGAAGGUCAGCUUUGGUAGCGGAACUGUCACUUUGUCUCUCAGCUUUGAUGAACCUUCAAAAAACUCUGUGUCCAACAAGGUGUCGAGACCCAAGAACUCGCUGGAGGCAAAAAACAGUGAUGACAGUAUGUCGAGGCACAAGGCUUUGCUUCCGCUGCAAAAUAGCGACGUAGGCAGCGAAUCCAGCUUCAGAACAGCCUCCAAUAUCGAGGAGUCUGAGUCACAGGAUUAUGGUGGUCAGGCCUACAUGGACAAACCUAGUAUGGUGGCUUCUUCAAUUCAGGAUGAGAAACUGAAGAAUGAUGUUGAUGGGUCAAUCACAGAUAACAUGAUGAACUCCUAAGAACUAGGAGACGGCCAUAGAAUUUAACUGAUGUAUAUUCAGUUUUGACCAUAAAGGGGUACUCCGCCCCUAGGCAUCUUAACCCCUAUCCAAAGGAUAGGGGAUAAGAUGUCUGAUCGCGGGGGUCCCGCCGCUGGGGACUCCCGCAAUCACCCUGCUGCACCCGGCAUUCGUUUAGAGCAUCGGGUACAGCGCCUGAGCACCGGAGGCUCAUGAUGUCAUGGCCAUCACCCCCCUCCCAUAGACUUUCAUUGAGGGGGCGUGGCAGUGACUGCACGAGCCUCCGCCCCACAUUGACAGUCAUGGACAGAGCAAAGUUCGCUCCGUGCACCGGAUGUCUGGGGUGACGCAGCCGAGAUCACAAGGGUCCCAGCGGCGGGACCCCCGCAGUCAGACAUCUUAUGCCCUAUCCUUUGGAUAGGGGAUAUGAUGUCUAGGGGCGGAGUACCCCUUCAAAGACAGUCGGUGUUGAUCAGAAGACGAAGGAUACUCUUUGGAAGCGUUGGUGGAUCCUCAGAAGGAACAUUCACCAGAUUUACCGGAGACUUCUCUCUCCAUUUGUGUCUUAAUGUUGAAUGAACCUGUAGCGUUACGUGCUUUUAUCUUGUUUUGGUCACAUAUCCUUCCCACUGCCAACCAUAUUCUGGCUCAAUGUGAUAUGUAACUGGAUGAUCUAUCUAGGCCAUGGUUUAGUUAUGGGUGAAGUAUUGUCUUAUGAUGCCUAUAACUGUGUAUUGCCCUUUACCACCACCCAGACCAGAACCUCUUCUUGUAGGUGAGUCUUUCUGAAAAUUCAGAAUAGGAUGUAUAUAUAUAUAUGUGGAACUCUAUAUAUGGAAAUCUGUUGUCACCCAAGUUAUUAUGAGAUACAUAUCAUAGUCUAUGAAUCACAUGGGGUAUUAUUUCUAUGCUAAUUUAUUGGUUUGUACAUUUCAGGUGGUGUAGUGGUCAGUAUUCCUGCCAUGCAGUGCUAGGGGUAAUUCCAGGGCCACCAUCUGCAUGGAGUGUGUAUGUUCUCCUUAAUAUUGGCUUCCUCUAGACCAGACUUUGAAUAUACACUAGUUAAAGGGGUGCUCCGCCCCUAGACAUCUUAUCCCCUAUUCAAAGGAUAGGGGAUAAGAUGUCUGAUCGCGGGAGUCCCCGCCGCUGGGAACCCCCGCGAUCACACCGCUGCACCCUGCGUUCGUUUAGAGCGUCGGGUGCAGCUCCGGAGGCUCGUGACAUCACGAUCACGCCUGCUAGUGAUGUCACGGUCAUGCCCCCUCAAUGCAAGUCUAUGGGAGGGGACGUGGCCGUGACAUCACGAGCCGGGCAUGACCAUGACUUUUCCAGCCUCUGCCCGGCAUCGCCAGUCAAUCGGCAUGGAGCGAAGUUCGCUCUGUGCAUCGGAUGUCUGGGGUGCCACAGCCGAAAUCGCGGGGAUUCCCAGCGGCGGGACCCCCCGUGAUCAGACUUCUUAUCCCCUAUCCUUUGGAUAGGGGAUAAGAUGUCUAGGGGCGGAGUACCCCUUUUACAGAUCCCCCUCCCCCAAGCUUCAUAGAUUCUGACCCAUUGAGGACCCAGUUUCCACACUCCUCCGUCUUAUUGUUUUUGGAGGAAUCUUAUCUGCAUGCAGAGUGUUGUCGCCUCCCUUUAUUUUUUGGUCAUGACUCUUCACAGUCAGAAGAUCUGAUCCUGCACUGAAGAGAUCAAACAAGGCCGAAGCCGUUUGUGUUCUUGUGGACCUUCUAAUCGUGUGACGCUAAAAACCCUAUGGUGUUGUAUAAAUAUUACUGUUCUAUAUAAUGUCCCUCGUAAUGCAGCUUGGAGACCCCCCAACGUCUCCUGAUUGUUUAGUUCAGCUACAUGAAAACAUUUAAUAAAAACCUUGCUUUAUUUU